CCCAAAAAACAGUCGCCAUGGGUCACGCCGCAGGUCUCCGCGCCGGUACGCGCUAUGCUUUCUCGAGGGACUUCAAGAAGAAGGGUUACAUCGCCCUCUCUACCUACCUGCGACAGUACAAGGUUGGCGACAUCGUUGAUGUUGUGGCCAACGGUGCUGUGCAGAAGGGUAUGCCCUACAAGGUCUACCACGGCAAGACUGGUGUCAUCUACAACGUGACGAAGUCUGCUGUCGGUGUCAUCCUCUACAAGCAGGUCGGCAACCGCUACAUUGAGAAGCGCAUCAACGUCCGCAUCGAGCACGUCCGUCUGUCCCGCUCCCGUGAAGACUUCCUUAAGCGCGUCAAGGAGAACUACGCAAAGGCGAAGAAGGCCAAGGAGGAGGGUGUUCCCCAGAACCUCAAGCGUCUACCGGCGGCACCAAGGGAAGCCCGGAUCGUCAGCCUGAAGGACAACAUUCCCGAGACCAUUACACCCAUUCCUUACGAGACGACUAUUUAAGCGUGGAAGUGGUGGCUUGUCCAAGGGCGGCAAAAUGGGAUACGGCUGGGUCCAUGGCGCGGGUUUGAUGGAACUUAUAACUAAAACUUUUUCUCUCCG